AUGUCCAUGGAUUCAUUCAUUCGUUCUUUACUUCGUUUCUUCGAUGCUGGUGGCUCUUUUUUCCACCUUCUAGAUAGAAAAGUAGCUAAUGUUGGCUUAUGGCUGUGUUCUUGGUGAUACGCUUUGCGUUAUAGGCAGGUUCUUGAGCGCGUGACUUGCAGGCUUGCAGCUUUGUUCUUCUCGAUUCGCCCCCUUCUUAAAUUACAAUAAUAGCUUUGCUAAGUAUGCCUCCAAAUCAUGCCAGUACUUUCUCCGUGCUUGGCUCUCUGGGGUUCAGUCCUGGCGGCUAGGCUUGUUUCUUCCACAGCUGUACUGGUUUUCAUUUUUGCUAGAUCAAUCUGCACUGGUAUUAUCUUCGACAACCAGAUUGUGCUGGUCUUCCUUCCAAUUGAUGUCGGAAUUCUUGGUCUCUAAGUGCAAAUGAAUGUUUAUUUAGAUAAACAUCAUUUCAACGAUAUAACUACAUAUGGUUUAAUAAUUUGGGUGCCAUUAGCCAUUAAGAAUUUCAUGACUGCUGUUGCAUCAUCCUAUUGCGCACUGUUCAUCAUCUGUACCUGAUGAUGAUGCCAACAGCGUUCUUAAUAGCCAACAACUGCAUAAGAACGACGUGCCUGGAGGUCUACUAAGUCAAAAGUUGCUGGCCGAAUUAUAUAUCCUUGUUACCAAGCCUAUCAACCAUUACCUUCCCUUUGUUUACUGUUCUUGUCUUCUCAAAGAUCACUAGAUAUGCUUGCGACCGAGCGCUUUGUUGUGUGCAGUCCCGUUGAAUAUAUACCGCCAAAGCUGCAUCGUCUUUUUGUGAUUCUUAUACCCUGUAAAAAGAAUUGAUGCGCAACUCAGCCUCUGUAAAAUGUUAAAACACUGACAUUUUUUAUUGCCAUUUUGGCAAUAGAUAUGAUUGCAUUCUCUUUCCUACCAUUCGCUGUGUGGUCAAUUCUGUCUCCUUGGUCUCGUCUUGUCUUAAAGAAAACAAGGAUAACAUCAGGUCGGUGUUUUAGUGAUCUGGCAACCUUAUCCAGAUAAUUGCCUAGGAGCUAGGGCGCACGUUAAUUCACUUGAGAAGCAGAUUAGGAAAAUGCCAGAAAUAAUUAAAGAAAAAGCUUAUAUGAUGCAUGGAUGCAUCCGUUUGAGCAGACACUUAAUUACUUAAUAAUAUGGAAGGAAUGAGAUACAUCCACUUAAGCGACACUUAAAUAUGAACAAGUACUAUAAACAAGGGCACAAGAGGCAAGAGUCUGCCAUGGUCACAUAGUGCAUUACGUAACGUUUUCUAUUGCUUAUCUGAAGUAGUAGUAUCUUGUUUAGCACGGGACCAUCUCAAGUUCGGCUAGACCCGAUUACGACACAACAAUAUCCUAAAAAUUCUUUGGGCCAAUCAAUUCCAUAUGGUUCCUUUUCUUACAGUUGUAGCAUGUGUCCCUUUCGGAUCUUGGUGACACUGCCCACAUUGUCGCGACAGCAUCCACACAUGAACCCGGACGGCACCGCGCGCCACAAAAUGCGCAAUUGCGUGGCUUGCUCCGUCCCUCUCGUUAGUUGCCCUGCUCUAGUCGGAUCGGUUGAUGGUAAUCUCGCUACGGUUUGAUCAGGAUCGUCUAUCUAGAAUUAUUGAUUGCGCCGUGAGCUGUUGAAGGUGCAAGAGGAGAAUGAAUCGGGUCAGUGACGAGCGUAGCAGUGAUCCGUCGAGGAGAGUGAGCGGGGACGCGCCGGCGGCAGCACGCGCCGGCUGCUUCGACUGCAACAUCUGCCUGGAGUUCGCGGUGGAGCCGGUGGUCACCCUCUGCGGCCAUCUCUACUGCUGGCCUUGCAUUUACGAAUGGCUGCGCCGCGACGCUGGCGGCGGCUCGGCGGGCCGGCCGUGCCCCGUGUGCAAGGCCGCGCUCACGGUGGCCUCGCUCGUGCCGCUCUACGGCCGUGGCGGCAGCCGGUCCAAUAAGUCACGGCUCCGCCCGGCCAUUCCAUGCCGGCCGACCGUGCACCGGGGAGCCGUCGAGGGACAGAGCGCGCAAACCAGCGGUGGCAGUGGCCGUCGGCACGUGAGCACGGAGCCUGAUUCGCCGACUCGUUCAUCCCGGCACGCGCAUGCCGGUGCCGCGCAGUUCGACAUCCUCUACCCUCCUCGCCCCCUCGGGCGCGGCAUGAAUGCGGUGCAUCCGACGGCCGGCGGGGUGCUCGGAGGGAUGGCACUGGCGUUGCUCCCCUCGGGGUUCCGUGGCCAGGCGCCAGCGCCGGGUUACCCCAUGUCCGAGCUGCAAAACCUGAGCCCUAGGUUGAGGCGGCAGCACAUGGAGGUAGAGAGGUCCCUGCAUCAGUUACUGUUCUUCCUCUUUGUGUUCGUAGUGCUGUGUCUGCUCUUGUUCUGAUCUCCCGGAGACAUUUCGUGCAACUUCUGUACAGAUAGCGUGCGCCGGGCGGUGUACAUAGUAAAGCUCUAAAAAGGUCAUGUGCUAGCCUAUCUACCUAUCUACCUAUCUACCUAUAUGAUGAGUUGCGAUCA